AAUCCAAUUAAAUCAAAUCAACCACAAUGGCAUCCCGAAUCCUCUCCCGAGGAUCCUCCUCGCGUCUCCCCCUCCUCUCUCGCUUCCCAUCUAUAUCCAAACCAUCUCUUUCAGCUUCUCCCCGCCUCUUCUCCACAACCCCAAACAACAGCAAUGCCCUAAUCUCCCUCGCGCAAUCCCGGCGCACCAUCUACAACCUCGGCAAGACCCUCCCUCCCUCAGUCACCGACAAAGAGAUCGAAUCGCUCGUGCACGCCGCGAUCCUGAACGUCCCCAGCGCAUUCAACACGCAGUCCACGCGGCUCGUGCUGCUGCUUCAUUCGGAGCACGAGCGGCUCUGGGACGUUGUCAUGCGCUCGUUCGAGGAGGGCCUGGUCAGUUCUGGGAAGGUGUCCAGGGAGAUUUGGGAGGGUCAGACGAGGCCGAAGUUGGAGGGGAUGAGGGGGGGUGUUGGCACGGUCCUAUUCUACGAAGACCCGGCGCAUAUCGAACCGUUCAAGGAAAAGUUCGCGACGUAUAAAGACCACUUCGAGACUUGGGCGCAGCAUUCCAAUGCGAUGCAUCAGUAUUUUCUCUGGACCGGUCUCGAGUCUCUCGGCUUCGGGGCGAACCUGCAACACUAUAACCCGCUUGUUGACGCCCCCGUGGCCGCGGAAUGGGACAUCCCGCGUGACUGGAAAUUAGUCGCGCAAUUGGUGUUUGGGAGCCCCGAGGGAGGGCCGAAUGAGAAGAGCCAGAAGCCGAUUGAGGAGCGGGUGAAGGUUUUUGGGAAGAGGGAUUAGUUCUUGGUUUUUGUUGAGUCGCAGCUGUUGUUACUAUUAGUCUGUGGAGAGAUAGAAAUAAUAGAUAGAAU